AUGACGGCUCCAGCGGCGGCGGUGGCGGGUAUGGCAGCUACAGCGGCGGCGGUGGUGGGUAUGGCGGCUCCAGCGGCGGCGGUGGUAGGUAUUGCGGCUCCAGCGGCGGCGUUGGUGGCGCCCAGCGGCGGCGGUGGCGGGUAUGGCAGCUACAGCGGCGGCGGUGGUGGGUAUGGCGGCUCCAGCGGCGGCGGUGGUAGGUAUUGCGGCUCCAGCGGCGGCGUUGGUGGGUAUGGCGGAUCCAGCGGUGGUGGUGGUGGGUAUGGCGGCUCCAGCGGUGGCGGUUAUGGCGGUUCUAGUGGCGGCGGCUAUGACGGUGGGAGUGUAGGUUAUGGAAAAUAA